AACCCCUACACAUAUUUGAAAGCAAAUAUUUUUAGUACUGAAAGACAUAGUCAAAAAUGGCAGACACGGAGUUUGAAGAAUUUCGCAAAAAUUUCGAAUCAUUUCCAUCGCAUCUCAAAGCACCAUCACCAUUUUAUUCAAUAGUUCCCACAUUAGACGAUGAAGACUAUCCGUCAUCGAAAAGUGACUCAUCCGAUCAGGAGGACCCACCCAAUCCGAAAACACAAGUCGGCACCUUGGCGGCAAAAAAUCUCACGUUGAACAUCAAACUAGGUAGCGUUAAAAGCAGCGAUGAGGAUGAUGAAAUGGGCGACGGACUACGAACAACAUCGUUGCAGCCAGCAAUUUCAACAACCCAAUUGGAACGAACAAAUUCAUUGCCAUUCAUACCGCAACAAGUGGAGCGAAGGCGAAGAAAGUUACCCGAAAUUCCUAAAAACAAGAAAUCUUCCAUAUUGCAAUUGUGCGGUCAAACAUCGCUAGCUGAAGAGUUGUCGAAUCGCCAUCAGACAUCAUUCAAUUCCAUUCAUCAACGCUCAAUUUUGGCGAUGAAAUGCAGUUACUUGCUGGAUGAAGAUUCCAGUCCCGAUUCGGAUCGAUUACAUAGCCUGGGAGACGUUGACAGCGGUCACAGUACCGCCCACUCACCAAAUGAUUUCAAAAGCAUGUCACCACAGAUGGCACACUCACCACAAUCACCUUUUCCACCGCCAUUCGGCGGCAUCCCAUUCAGCCAAUUAGAGAUGCUCGAGGCCACCCAUCGAGGAUUACACAAAUUCAUACCGCGACAUCAUGACGAAAUUGAUAUUGAGAUCGGCGAUCCGGUCUAUGUGCAAAAGGAGGCUGACGAUCUGUGGUGUGAGGGAGUGAAUUUACGAACUGGUCAACAAGGAAUCUUUCCAUCAGCCUAUGCCGUUGAUCUGGACUACAAUGACUUUGAUCCAACAUCACAGAAAGUGAAAAAAGAGCGGUACUUGCUGGGCUAUCUGGGAUCGGUGGAGACAAUGGCACACAAGGGAACUGGUGUGGUGUGUCAAGCUGUGAGAAAAAUUGUUGGCGAGUACGGUGAGUCGACACCAAAUGGACAAUCAUGUAUACUGGAAAUAUCGGACCAAGGGCUGCGUAUGGUGGAUCGGUCGGCGGCUCAGAAAACUAAGGACAAAAAGAAGCCUUGCAUCGACUACUUCUAUUCGCUGAAGAAUGUCUCGUUCUGUGCAUUUCAUCCUCGAGAUCAUCGGUACAUUGGUUUCAUCACCAAACAUCCAACAAUACAGAGGUUUGCGUGCCACGUGUUCAAAGGUCAUGAUUCCACUCGGCCUGUCGCUGAAGCCGUUGGGCGCGCGUUUCAGCAUUUCUAUCAGAAGUUCAUUGAGACAGCAUAUCCGAUUGAAGACAUUUACAUUGAAUAAAUUAUCCGAACGUCGAUCUAACGUUUAUAAUAUCCAUUUCAUUGAACGUUGAACCAUUUUUCAAGCAUUCAAAGUUUGAGGAUUUCAAUUAUUUUGGUUUCGUAUUUUAUCAUACAGGAAUCGGUGGUAGAGUACGUGAUGGCUCCGAUGAUCAAUUUUAUAGAUAAGUUCAGAGUGUAUUGGUGCAAAGUAAUGAAUCGGCGGUGAAGUGAAUGAACCGGUCGGAAAGGAUUUCCUCGAGUGGCAGAUAUUCAUAGAAAAUCCUUUGUCAGUCAAAAGACAAUCCUUUGAAUAAUAGAAAGUCAUUUCAUCACAAAGCCCUCGAAAUCUAAGAGAAUCCUCAAAAACCUCUGAAAAUCCCAGAAAGUCCUUGGCAAUCCGCAGAAAAUCCUUGAAAUUCCCUUGUCAACGAAAUUUAUCUCGGAUUACCUUAUAAAGUAAAAUUACUUUCAAAAUAUCCCAAUACACACCUGAUCUGGUAUGCACUUGACUCGGGCUUUGUCUUCAUCAUGCGUAUCGAUUGAACUGUGUUAAAAUCUACUAUUUUUUCACCAAGUUCGACGCAUUUCUUGUAUGAUAAAAAAGUUCUUUUGUCGAUUUUUCAUUUGAGUUCCGAAAAAGUGGCAAAGUUGAGUUUUGGAGUGAAGUUGGUUUAUCCCAGACGAGGCCGAGUUCAUAAAACUCACAUCGAAAUGGGACUGUCAAUUCAUAAGCUGAGCUUCACAUGCUGAAGGUGUCGAAUGUUGUGAUUCAACAAUGACAAGCGGCCGCUUAGAUGCCAAAAAUCGUGUAAAGACAGUAGUUGAUCUAGCAAUCGAUCAAUUCGUAAAUUGUGUAUGAGUUAAACUAAUAAGAAAAUGGGAUAUGUGUUCAAUGUGCAUUUAAGUAAAUAUAUCAGGAGAGCUGCGGGAAACGAUUGUUGUGCUACGUAAUUCGUUUAAAUGGACAAUUUUUAUUUGACGCACGGAUAGCUCGUUGUAAAGAACAUGACGAGUUCAAAGAAAUACGUUAAAAUUUGCGGUGCAAAAAUGAUUGUAAAUUUCGUGAAAUGUGACAUCUGUCAAACUGCACACAAUUUAAGGAAAUUGGACACGAAUAUUUUUCUUGCAAAGAAAUGUUUUGGUGUAUAGUUGGCUCUCAUACUCCGGACAGAUUCCUCUGGACUGAUCUGAGAUAAGUAGAUCUGAUCACUUCAGACUGCAUAAUUUUCAGAUUUCGGUUUAAAUUCAGAUCAGGUUAUGGGCCAAACUGAAAAUAAUUCAGAUUGAUCUGAUCCGUUGCGAGUCCUAGUUGGCUCAAACUACAGCUAAAAGUACCACAAUUUCAACAAGUAUAAGAGUUCAUUUGAAAGGUUCUGUCAAGACCUAUCAAACUGUACGAAAUGUCAGUAAAUUGAAUCGAAAUAAACAGACAAAUCAAUGCUAAAGAUGAAUACUUUCCAAUCACCUGGAAGUGUCUAUUCAAAAAUUUAUUGACAUCAAAGACAUACUUGAUAAAGAAAAACCGUAUGAAGCCAUUUUAAACGCUACGACACAAAGACUGCAUCAAGCUUUGUGCUGUGUAAUGGGAAAUUUUAUUAACAUGGAGAAAAUUACGUAGCACAUCGCUCGUUUCCCGCAGCUCGCAGAAAAUUAAUUGAUAAAAAAAGUAAAAAUUUGAAAUUAAAUUUCUUUUCUUUUUUGAAAUGGUGAACGAGAACGGAAUCAAAAAUUAAUAGAAAAUGUUGGAUUUUGUUUGGAUCAAUUCUAUUAGACAAAGCAGAACGGACGAUUGUACAGAAUUAGGGAAAAGUGCGAUUGAAAAUGUUAGUUUGAUUAAGCAAAGAAUUUAGUGUAUUAUUUUUGUAAAUAAUCUGGAA